CAACAAGGAAGAAAGGAGCUUACAAGAAGAUGGUCUAUUGGAAAGGAAAGACGUAAUGUCUGUUGUCCACGGCAGACUAUCGUGAAUUGCUUCCUGUUUUUUCAGAAAUCUACCAGGUCCUCAGUGUGUGUCUGUGAUAAACUCACCGUAAAGGUGGUCAUGUUUCUCCUGAGUUCUGAACCAUUCAUUACUAAUCCAUAACAUGGAGUCCUCUGAGAGAGGAAAGCCUGAACAAAACUCUGACUCAGUUCUGGACAUAUCAGACGACAGGAGGGUGUGGAUCGUCCCUGAGGACGAGUUUGACCCACAGUUUCUGGACGAGCUUCCGUUGGUCACGUUCCCAGAGCAGUCCGAGUGGAUCGUGUCACCACCACAUGCCGGACAGGAUGGGCUGGCGUUCUGGAUUCCUGUAAAAUCCGACUCUAAAAACCCAUCCGUCCCUGAGGCGUCGCCAAGAAAGACCGUUGAACACAAAGUCAAGUCUCCCCAUUCCGUAAUACGCCCAACUGUCCCUCCAACAAGGAAGCAGGGUUAUCUACCGAAGGCUCUGGCAGGGGUUGUGGAUACUCUAUGGGUUUCUCGUGGCUGUACUGGGCACCCACCACCACCUGCGUUGCUAAGCGACACAACAAGACCGUUCGCGCCUCACUCAUUUGAACGCCUGAUACAGCUUGCAGAUUACCAACGAGUCACGGCAACACCUCAUGGAGACUGUAUGUCAGGUGAUGCAGAAACCCCUAUGGUGAACCCAAGUUUGUCUCAGGCAGUUGCAGAUAUUGAGACAAACACAGGAGCUUCAGAUAUAAAACGACGCGCAGUAGAACCGGUUAUUUGUACUCCGUCAUAGUUUAUUGUUCUAGAAUGGCGUUACUUGUAUUGCAGCAACUGAGUUGACAUGGGUACAGUAAGACAUCACAAAGUUUGGGAACAGUAGGUUUCUGCCAACAGUGUUUUUGUAUUCAUUUGAUAACUAUAUUUCCACAGCAAUAGGUAUGUAGGGGACACAUACAAUACGGAUACUACAUAAAGGGUAGACUUGAUCAUGUACUUUGUGAAAUCAAAUCAAUACAACCACUUUACCAUACAAAGAGCAA